GGCCCGGCCGUGGAGCUGGAAUUAGAGGUGCCCUGAGCCUGGUGUUCGGGGUUGGGGGGCACAGGGAAGCACCAUGGACCCUGAGAUCUCCAUCAUGCUUCAGUGUCCAUCUCCCAAGGGCCUGGCAGAGACCGCAGUGCGGGCUGAGCUCUCCCCAGCCUACAACCGGCGCCAGCUGCCUGGGGGCCAGGCCUGGAUUGACGCUAUCUGGGAGGCCCGGUGCCGCCACAGUCCCUGGCUUUUCAACGGCUCCAAAUUCCGGCUGCAUUCAGCCCAGCUGGAUGGGGGCUCUCUGACCUUUUGUCUGGGCCUCACCUGCUACAAGGACUUCCUGGGUACCAACCGGGCUGGCAUGGCCAGGCACCUCCAGCAGCAGGGGCGGCAGGACUUUGGGGACAGUCAGGCCUACCUGGCCGAGCCGCUGGGAGUGGGCGCCAUGGUGCAUACAGCCAAUGACUGCUUCAUCUUCCUACGGCGCAGCCAGAGUGUGGGCGAGGCGCCUGGCCUCGUAGACAUCCCCGGGGGACAUCCUGAGCCACAGGCUGUGGUGGGGGAUGCCCCAGAAGAAUCCAUCUGUUUGGAGGAUCUCCCCAGAGAGGUGGUUGUCAAGGAGAUCUUCACCUCCAUCCUGCGGGAGAUCCGAGAUGAGGUCAACCUGCCACUGGCUACCCUAAGCCAGCCAGUGCUGCUGGGCAUCGCUCGGAACCAGACCAGCGCAGGUCGGGCCAGUGCUGAGUUCUAUGUCAGGUGCAGUCUGACGUCGGAGCAGGUGAAGCAGAGAUAUGAGAUCGGGGGUCCUGAAGCUCAGGAAUCCACCGGCAUCAUCUUUAUCAAGAGAGAGGAUGUCCUGACUCUGGAGCAGACUGGAGAGAUGUGGAGGGAGCUGUGCCCGUCUGCCAAGGGGGCUGUCAGACUCUACACCCUGGUGCAGGGUGGGGGACAGUGACAGGAAGGGGACUGACCCCCCCGGGCCACCAUGGGGGCUUCUCUAUGCCACACUGGGCAUCAACAGACCCUGCAAGCUCUCUGCACAUGCCAGCCAUAUGUUGUGGAGCCAGCAGGAGGGGGAUCACUGCAGGACCAGACUCACCUCUCCAGGGGCAGGGCCCAAUUCUGCCUGUUUUAGCCAUGGCUGUUGAGAACCCAUCUCCCAAUAAAGAACUUAUUCUUUGACAGCA